AUGCAAGCUUCUAAUGUGAUUAACGAUCAAACUAAAACAAAUGGUUUUAUACUUAGUUCAGUUUCUCUUGGCUUUAAUACAUUUGCAUGUUUGAUAUCAUGCAUAGUUUUUGUUAUUAUUAUAUAUCAUCUUUAUUAUAAUCAUGUCAAACGUGAAGAUAAAAUAACUGUUGUUCUUUGUAGUAAUAUAUAUUUAACAAUUUUAAUAUAUUCAUCAAUGUUAAUAUCAAUGAAUAUUCGAUCAAUACUGGGAUAUUUAGCUAUUAUAUUGCUUAGUAUGUUAUACAUGAAUUUUCUAAAUCAAGCAUUUUAUCGUCUUAUUCGAAUUGCUUAUUCUCAAAAUCGACGGUUUCAAUCUGUAAAAUUAUAUAUAAUUUUACCAAUUAUACAAAUAAUAAUAGUAACAUCUAUUCUUCUAUGUGUUCUUAUACCUUUGAAUGGUGUAGCAUAUCUACGAAAUGCUCACUUUUGUUAUCCGACAUUCACAAAUAUUCCUGGCGUUCUUUCGACAGCAGUUGUUGCUUAUAUAGGUCCAUUUUGUUGCAUAUUAUUUAUUUAUAUGCAUAUAACAAGAUUUAUUCAUCAACAAGGAAGUAUUCAAACAUUAAUAAUAAAACAACGACAAUCUCGAGAUUUACUUAUUAUUCGACGUAUUUUAAUUAUUGUUAGUUUAUUACUUAUUCUUGGAAUACCUGGAAUGACUCUUAUAUUUAUGUUUAUAAUAACAGGUGAAGAGCACCCAUUACUUGCUCGAAUUUCACUGUUUCCAAUUAGCGUAUCCCAAGCAGGAUUGAGUGUAGCAUUACUUUUUUCUAUUCCACAACUGAAAAAUAUUGUUCUGACCUUACAACUAAAAACAAGCACAGUGACGCCUGUCACUCGAGCUGUGCAAGGCGCAGUACAAAUGAAAACGGUUACUGGUACUCAAUAA